AUGCCAACUAGAAGAAAUUUCCCAUCCGAUAACGAAGAAAGACCAUUCAAAUGCCCAAUGUGUCAUAGAGGCUUUUAUCGAGCAGAGCAUAAAAAGAGACAUAUCAGAACACAUACAGGAGAAAAACCUCAUUUAUGUCCAAUACUUGGUUGUAAUAAAUCUUUCUCUCGUACUGAUGAAUUGAAAAGACAUAUGAAAGUUCAUCCAGCUUCAACACAUAAUUUGCAUAGUACAAGUACUACGUCGUUAAAUAUUUCGAAUAGUACAAUGUCAAUGACUUCUCUUUUACAAUCAAAUUCCGUAUCAAACUUACCUUCAAAUAUACAUGUAAACUCAUCAUCUUCUUCAUCUCUUACAAAUUUAUUUAUGAAAGCAUCGCUUCAACAACCACAAUUAAUGCCGCUAUCUUCUCCAACUCAACCAUCAUCUUUUACACAUCAAAAAGUUCCUAUGUUUCAUAUACCGCACGAAGAUGAAUUCGAAGAUGAUAGUAUCAAUACAAGUGGUACUUUUUCAAUGCAAAAUUCAAUUAGUACAAGUACAAGCACCACCACAUUAAAUAGUGUUCAACAUAGCCCUGGCUAUCCUCAUGGUACUGGUACGGGUACUCCAAUAAGUACAAUUUCAAAUAAUGAAAAAAUAGCCUUACCACCUUUAAAUUCUUUACUUAGACAAAUUGGUUUACCACAAUUCUGCGAUGUUCCUGGAAAUAUGAAUUUAAAUCCAGUAACGCUCCCAAGAGAUAUGAAAUCAAAUAACCAUAGUAACAGUAAUAUUAGCAUCAAUUCCACUCAUGACUCAGGGUCCUUGUCGACACCAACUAAUGAACUAUCAUCAUCUGUAUUAAAAAGUAACGAAAUAACACCCAUUUUAAACAGUAGGCCUUCAAUAAUUAACAAUAAUAGCUCUACAGUAAUUAAUAGUAUAACGUCCAUAACACCACUAUCACCACCAACAACGGUUCAACAACGUCAGCUAUUUGAAUCUAAUUGA